UCCCUUGUCGGGCUAUUGACGUGGCAUGUGCAACGAAAUUCUGGACACGUCCGCCAUUUUGACAGAUCGAAAAGCUGUCGUCGCUGAUAAACAUUACAAAGUUACACAUUUGCUUUGUGCUUCACACUUAAUUCUUGGGACCAACCUAUAUUAUUGACAAAUAUCAGAACUUACUUUUACAACAAUGGGAGGAACUUUUGCCAAGCUUUUUGCCAGCCUUUUUGGCAAGAAAGAGAUGAGAAUAUUGAUGGUGGGGUUGGAUGCUGCGGGAAAGACAACUAUCUUAUAUAAACUCAAGCUCGGAGAAAUAGUCACAACUAUCCCAACUAUAGGUUUCAAUGUGGAGACAGUAGAAUACAAGAACAUCAGCUUCACAGUGUGGGACGUCGGUGGUCAGGACAAGAUAAGGCCACUCUGGAGACAUUACUUCCAAAACACUCAAGGAUUGAUUUUUGUGGUGGACAGCAAUGACAGAGAGAGAGUGGGGGAGGCCAAAGAUGAGUUGUCCAGAAUGUUGAAUGAAGAUGAGCUUAGAGAUGCGAUUCUUCUUGUGUUUGCAAAUAAACAGGAUUUGCCAAAUGCAAUGAAUGCUGCAGAGAUUACAGACAAGCUGGGUCUUCACGCUCUACGUAACAGAAACUGGUACAUUCAGUCGACGUGUGCCACCAGCGGAGACGGACUCUAUGAAGGACUUGACUGGCUUUCCAACCAACUGAAAAACGCGAAAACUAGAAUGGGGUGCAUACUCACUUCUAACAAAAGUAUGGGAAACAUAUUUGCAAGUUUGUUCAAAGGCCUAUUUGGCAAGAAAGAGAUGAGAAUAUUGAUGGUGGGGUUGGAUGCUGCGGGAAAGACAACAAUCUUAUAUAAACUCAAGCUUGGAGAAAUAGUUACAACUAUCCCAACUAUAGGUUUCAAUGUGGAGACAGUAGAAUACAAGAACAUCAGCUUCACAGUGUGGGACGUCGGUGGUCAGGACAAGAUCAGGCCACUCUGGAGACAUUACUUCCAAAACACUCAAGGUCUGAUAUUCGUGGUGGACAGCAAUGACAGGGAGCGUGUUCAGGAGGCCAAAGAGGAACUGAUGAGGAUGCUCGGAGAGGACGAGCUGCGGGAAGCUGUCCUCCUGGUCUUCGCUAACAAACAGGAUUUGCCAAACGCUAUGAAUGCGGCCGAGAUUACAGACAAGCUGGGUCUUCACGCUCUACGUAACAGAAACUGGUAUAUUCAGUCGACCUGUGCGACCAGUGGAGACGGACUCUACGAAGGACUUGACUGGCUUUCUAACCAACUGAAAAACGCGAAAUGAUAGCAUUGCCAACUUGAAUUCCUAUUUCUUCUUCUUCUUUUCCGUUCAGGACUGCGAACAAAUCUUGGUUGUGAUAAUAAUUUGUGGAGAUGAAACAAAAAAUAAGGGAAAAGUAUUGAAAGUUGUCCUCUUUAUUAUUGUAAUAAUGGAAAGAAAAAAUGUUGUGUUAUCAGUUUGUAAUUAGUUGCAUGAAAAGUCUUUGAUGUUAAAAAUGUCGACCAAUAAUCUGACCCUUAUGAUAAGUAUUGAACAAAUGGUGUUUUGUUCAGAGUAGAGCUCAUAGCCGUACCAAGGAUCUAAAAGAAACUGCUUUGAGUUUUAAAUUUAAAAUAAAAUGGUAAAUUAAGACCUUAAGAAUGCAUAUCUUAGUAAUUUGUGGAUUGUACUUUGCCAAAUCAUUAAUUUUUCAUACAAUUGAACAUUCAGAUUUAAUCAAGGCAAACAUUAUGUUAGUUGUCGGUAACGUUUUGAUGUCUUAACAAUUCAUAUACUGUGUUGAAACUUCGACAUGUUUGUUUGAUUGGAAGAAUGAUUUGAUUCAAGUGGUGUGUGUUUUGUGUACACGUCUAUAGAUACAUACUGUAUGUGUAAGCUGUCACUCUAUGUGUUAAAUAAUACUGGUAGAAGAUUUAUGUAUGUUGUCAAACAUAGUCAUGUUCAUGCAGUUUUUCAUUUGACGAGUAUUUAACUCUUUUUUUCAUCCCCCCCCCCCCCCCCCCCUAAACAUAUACAAGAGACAUUUGAACAAUGACUGUGCAGAGUAAUUUUUGCAGCAGAUUCCAGAGGAUGUAACCUGGUUUUUAUUUUAGUAGUAGCCUAGUUUUCAUAAACAUUUCUGACUUUUACUUUGUUUGAAUUGACUCUGAUCCUUGCUAUGAUUCUUUCCAAACAUUGCUCAAUUAAUACAUCUUAUUUAAUAAAUGCAUACAUCUUUCCAUAUUUUUGUCAGGUCAACUUUCUUUUAUUACUGCCACAUGUUUCUGUUUUUUUUUUACCAAAGACAUUCCGGUUGUGGAAUUAAAGUGCUUAGCAUUUCCUGCUGGACUUGUGUUCAUAAAUCUUCUUUGCACAUAUAUACACUACAUACACUUGUACAUAACAUGUAUAUGUAGUUAAAUGACGAAUAGUGUUUUAAAUUCCAAUCGAUUAAACAGCAUUAGGAAAUAUUAUUUUAAAUUCAAAUGAUUCUAAUUGAAUUAUCAGAUUAAAAAGUUGUUCCAAUAUAGUCAACUUAAUUGUGUUUCUUGAUUAAAAAAAUGUUGUGAAGUCCUCAGUACAAAGUUAUGUAGUAAUAUACAUGUGUACUUGUGAGGAGAUUGAUGAAUCUAAGCCCAGGUCAAUGGCUUUUGAAAAAUGUCCACAUGUUGUGUAGGCAUAAUCUCCCAUCUGUGUUAUUUAUUUGCAGAAAGAUACCUUUAAUAAAUAAAAUGUAAUUUGUA